UUGAUGAUGUUAUCUUUGCGGUUUAAAUUUGAAACAAGUAGGAGGUCUUGUUAUGUAUAUGACUCUAUUCUGAUGUUUUUGAAGAUCAUCCAUUUACUCAACAACAGCUUCCAGCUUGCAAGACUAUACUUGCGACUCAGACAGUCAUUCUUGUACUUCUGUUUAUGGUGGAACCAGCACGGCCUGGGCGGCGACAACGUGUUCGGUAGCUGCCGUCCUCUCCAUAACGGGCUCGUCAGCCUCAUGCACUGGUCUGGGAAGGGCAAGCCAUGGGACCGUCUCGACGCCGGCAAGCCUUGCGCACUGGACCACACCUGGAAGGCGUACGACCUCUACAUUGGCGAGAAUGAUUCAUCAUCAGCAUCAGCUUCAUCGGGGUAA